ACCAAAUUCAUGUCUAAAGCAAAUAAUCAAAAGAAGAAGAAAAAUGAAGCUAUCUUCCAUUUCCAUUACCUUAUUCCUUGCCCUUCUGCAGGUUUUAUCAGUCCAGCUGGUGAAUUCACAGAAGACAGAUUCUUGCGGUUCAAAUUUGAACCUUGAUGUUCCCUUUGAUACAACUUCUCUCCACUGUCUUCCUGUCUGGAGCAGCCGUGAUUUCAUGUUGCAGUAUGUUCAGACGUCAUCGAACGUAUGGAGUUUUGUUCUGUCGGCUCCCGACACGAAUUCUUAUAUCGCGAUCGGGUUUUCCAGCGGUGGAAUGAUGGUGGGUUCGAGCUCCAUGGUUGGCUGGAUCUCAGCUGAUGGCAGUGGAACGGUGAAACAAUAUUUUAUUGGAGGCCAACGGCCAAACCUUGUGUUGCCUGACCAAAGUAACCUCACCCUUGUUAGCAACUCUUCGUCGAUAACUUCCCGAUCCUCGCGUCUAUACAUGGCAUUCCAACUGAAUACUACUCAACCCCUCUCACGGCUCAUAUAUUCCGUUGGACAGAUCUCGAUGAUUCCCUCAUCUCCAAGCUAUGCUUUGGCCAAACACCGUGACAAAGUCUCCACCACCUUGAAUUACUCAAGUCAAAUUCAAAUGAUAAAGAUCAGGCUUUUAUGGAAGAGCCAUGGAGCACUAAAUAUGCUGAGCUGGGGGAUACUGAUGAUAAUCGGAGCAAUGAUUGCUCGGUACUGCAAGCAAUGGGAUCCGAUCUGGUUUUACUCCCACUCAGCGAUUCAGUCGUGCGCCCUCGUGCUCGGGAUGGCGGGUGUAAUAUGCGGACUUGUUUUAGAAAAUCGUCUCAAAACCGAUCUCUCCACCCACAAAGGCCUCGGCAUCUUCAUACUUGUGCUGGGAUGCCUCCAGGUUUCUCUCAAACACUCAUUAAAAUAA